GAACCAUCAUCUGUUGGUUGUUUCCCCAGGUGGAGGCGGACGAGUCACUGAAGGAGCAAAUCAAAAUGGCGAGCCAAGAGGAGUCUGUGAGGGAGUUCGUAGCUGUUACUGAUGUGGAUGAGGAAAGGGCCCGGUUUUUCCUGGAGUCCGCCGGCUGGAAUUUGCAGCUUGCACUCGCCAGUUUCUUUGAGGAUGGAGCCGAUGACGACAUAGUGACUCUUCCUCAACCUGAGGGAGGCUCCUCGGUGUCCCGGUCUGCUGGGCCAAGCACUCAGCCCAGAGUCACAUCCUUCAGAGAUCUGAUGCAUGAGGCAGAGGAGGAGAGUGAUGAGGAGGAAGGCCAAAGGUUUUUUGCGGGGGGAUCAGAGCGCAGUGGGCAACAGAUUGUUGGGCCUCCCAAGAAGAAGAGUCCCAAUGAAGUGGUGGAGGAUUUGUUCAAGGGGGCAAGGGAACAUGGGGCUGUGCCCCUGGACCGGCCUGGGAGAGGGCCAGGAGAGCACAGCAAAGCCAAGGCCUUCAUCGGCGGAGGCUACAAGCUAGGCGCCGCUCCUGAGGAGCAGUCAGCCUAUGUGGCUGGAGAGAAGCGUGGCUCCAAAAGCCAGCAGGAUGUACACGUGGUGCUGAAGCUGUGGAAGACGGGGUUCAGUCUGGAUAAUGGUGAGCUCAGAAACUACAGCGAUCCUGGAAAUGCCAACUUCCUUGAGGCAAUCAGAAGGGGGGAGAUUCCCCUCGAGCUGAGGCAGCGUUCUCGAGGGGGCCAGGUCAACCUAGACAUGGAGGACCACAGGGACGAGGACUUCUCCAAACCCAAGGUGGCCUUCAGGGCCUUUGGAGGGGAAGGACAGAAGUUGGGAAGUGCCACCCCAGAGUUGGUUUCCGCUCCGGCCACCUCUCAGCAAGACCAGGCAGCAAGUGAGGCCCAAGCCAGCACCACUGUGUCCCUCGACUCCUCCCAGCCGGUCACCAACAUUCAAAUCCGCCUGGCUGAUGGGAGCAGGCUGGUCCAAAGGUUCAACCAUACCCACAGGGUGUCUGACCUGCGCCAGUUUGUGGUGGGGGCCCGGCCUGCCAUGGCUGCCAGAGAGUUUGUCCUCAUGACUACCUUCCCCAACAAGGAGCUGUCGGACGAGAGCCAGACGCUGGAGCAGGCCAACCUCCUCAACGCCGUCAUUGUCCAGCGGCUAAAUUAAGGGGGGGAGAGUGGUUAAUCAGCCUUCCCCGUGGCGUGGCUGAGUAACUGCAGCCCUGUGAAACCUGCUGCCCCUUCCGAGGGAGGAGAAAACACAGACUUAUGUAUGGACUUCUAAUUUCUGAUUUUUGUUUUUCUAAAGUGAAACAUAACAUUCUGCUCCACAGACCCUUUCCCUCCCCCCCCCCCCCUUCUCUCUCAACCUCCCCCCCCCCCUCUGUGGUCUCUGAAGGGCGCUAAUGAGGGGGAAACUAAAGGCUUAUAAAUGCUGUUUAACUGUGGUUUUGAUGGGGGAAGUGUUUACCUGACAGCAGUAGAUGGUUUAACCCCCACAACACGGCAGCAGUCCAGCUUUCUGCAGAGCAGCUUGGUUGCACAGAUGUUCAUUAAGCUGGCUCUUUUUUUCCUUCUUAAACUUGCUCCCUACUUUUCCUCUUUUAUUAACCUUUAUUCAGCCCUUCAGCUUUGUUUACCAUCAGGUGCUGGGGCCUCACUAGAACCAUGUAGCGGCACACUCCCAGUUUGUUUGUCUUAACAGCACAAACUAGAACCACAUAAGGAAUACUAGUCUUACUAAGGUAAACGUACACGUUGAUAAUGCAGUUGUGUACACGGAGAGAGAGUGUACUAGUGUAAGAAAACACUGAGGGGAUUUUUCUCCGACCAACCUAUACCAGUAGCCUUAUGCUCCUUUUCACCUCAAGAACCAACCCUGUCCCUUUGUCCAAAUGAAGAUGGAAUUAUUUUUUUAAACUGCCUUUCCCCUUCUACCUUCUUUUCUUUUACAGACUGUAGGAUUGUCCCAGUUAGACAGUGGCAUUUUGAUAUUGUGUAACAUGAAAACAGUUACACAUAGCUUUAUUGUUUAACCAACGGUUGAGCAAAAGGACUUUAUAGAUUGUAAACACUGGCUUGUAAAAGUGAAAGUUGAAUUCCUACACACUGACAUAUUCUAUGCAUCCUGGGGCAACACAGAAAUAUGUUUGGCCAUCUGGUAAAAUAAAUCCAUUUUAAGGUUGAUGUAUAAAGAA